UAGACUAUUAAGAAAUCAAAAGAGCUAUGGAAUCCAUAUCUCCUAAACGUUUCCUCAAAUUCCUUUUCAUUUUUGUCUGCAUUGCUGCUUCCUUCACAUACUCAACCUCAGCCGUUAGAUCAGUCCGAUCAGCAAUACCCAAAACAAGCACGGACUUCAUUAGGAGAUCAUGCAGAGAAACGACCUAUCCAAGGCUUUGCUUCAGCUCUCUCUCAAUCCACGCAAGCAAAAUCCAAACGAGUCCUCAACUCUUGGCAGCCACGGCCCUCAACGUGACCCUCUCGUCGGCCAAAACGACAUCAAACGUGAUGCUGAAGCUGUCGUUGAGCCACGGGCUGAAGCCGAAGGAGGCUGCCGCCAUGAAGGACUGCGUCGAGGAGCUGAGCGAGUCGGUCGAUGAGCUCCGAAAGUCGAUCGGAGAGAUGAGUAGGCUCAAGAGCCGUAGUAGUUCUAAGCUCAUGAUAAACGACAUUCAAACUUGGGUUAGUGCUGCCUUGACGGAUGAGAAUACUUGCUCGGAUGGGUUCGGAGGAAAAGCCAUGAAUGGGAAGGUGAAGAGUGUUGUGAGAGUCCGGAUUGUGAACGUUGCCCAAUUGACUAGCAAUGCUUUGGCCUUGAUCAACAGAUAUGCCUUGAUUAAUGGUUAAUUUUAUUCCAAUUUGUUUGGGAUCAAUAUCUCAAAGUGUGGUUAAAUUUUUUUUUUUUUUCAAUUUUAGAGGUGAGUAAUUUGGAUUCUAGAU